AUGACGUCUCCGGAACCGAAACAUGUUGAGGCCGUCGACAGUGAUCAUGGUGGGUUUGAAUUUGCUGAGAUGUCUAGCCCUUCGAAAAGGUCUGCCACAGAUAGUGACUUUUCACGAAAUCCUUCGACGGAACAGUUGCAGUUGCAGGAAUCCGAGGCUGCAAGCUUGGCAGGCUCACCUGCCCCGAGAAAAGAGCGGAAGCUGUCCGGUCGCACUGCCCAGGCAGCUGCGAAGCAAAGUUUCCCUCCAGGCUUUGCAACAGUGGAAUCUUUAGAGCAGUGGCCGACAGAGCUGCUGCUACGCAUCUUUGGCAAAGAGCAAGGAGACGCUGGCUUCCACCGUCGACGGAGGCUUGAGGCUUCGUUGCAGCACGGCCUGGUGCUGCACACAGAUUUCAGUGGCAAAGGGUCCGUGGAGCAGAUGCUACGCAUGUUUGAUGUGGCGGCCAAGGACUGCUCAGAGCGGCGUGUGCGUCUUCAAGAUGUCUGGUUCCGCUGCUUCCAGGCCAAUGACAUCCAGAAGGAGGCUCUGGAUGCCUUGGUGGAUCAGUCUGUGGAGUCGCCAGAGCAUGUGUUUAAGGGUCUCCUCGAAACAUUGCCACAGUCGGAACAGGCGAGAAUUAAGAGUUUGAGGCCUGAGCCGAGGGCUCGAAAGGAGCAGGCGGAAGCUUGCCAUCGUGCUCAGUUGCAGUACAUCUCUGCUUCGCGCAAGACCCUGUUUGCAGGCUCAGCAAGCAAUUGCAUCAGGCAUCCGGGCAAGUGUUGUCCACUAUAUUUCCCGGAUCCCAUGGGUGUGGACGUGCAGACCCCUCCUUUGAAAGUGAAUUUUUCGGGUCCGAUGUGCUCGCCCUUCACAUCACACGGGCUUCAGCUGGGCUUUGCAGAUCCCAGCAUCGAGUCGCUGAAUGUUUGGUUAGCCAAGAUGUGCGAGAGUCCCAUGGAUUUGGUUUUCUUUGAAAAUUCCGACCGGUUUCCAUGGAGCCUCUUCGUGGAAGCCAUGUCGGCAGAGACACACUGGGAGUGUCAUCGAUGCGUUUUUGGAGCGGAGGAGCUGGGACUUCCGGUGCUGCGGAGACGUACAUACGGAGUGGCAAUCAAUCGGAAAUCACUGGUGUGGCUUGGUUCUGAACAGCCGGACGUCACACAAGAGUUUCUCAGCAUCUUUGGUCGAAGCCCAGCAUUAGAUGGAGAUGCAUAUGCAGGCCUGGAUUCUCUUGAAUCCAUCCAAGAGACACGUGCUGAGCGGAGGCGAGGCAUCUACGGUUCAGCAGACGACAUUGCACUGUCUGCGCUCUUCACGAAAGCUGCGCAGGAGAGGUUCAACAAGGCAGCCUCGCAGUACGAGUCACGGAUGAAAUCAGGUGACGCCGGUGCCUUCAUCUUCGAUGCCUCUCAAAGUGAGAACCGCAGCAGAAUCAACCAGCUGCUUCCAGCAGCUACCAAGACAUGCAUGUUUGUGUCUUUGUCGAAGGAGCACAUUUUCACACAGAAUGAAGUCGAUUUUUCCAUGGGCUGGCCAGUGCUGGGGACUGCUUCAUGCCCUCAGUAUGCUCCUGUACUUCCGCGAAGCUUGUCGCAGCAGAGUCAUCAUAUGAGGCGGCGUCUGAGUGGCAAUGGUAUGUGCUUGCAGCAGGUCUUUGCCUGGUUUCUGUUUGUGCAAUCCCACUGUGCUCGAAAGCAGUUGUUGUUGCAGUGGGUGCCGCCGCUUCUUGAUGAAUGCCACUACGGCUGCGACCUUGACAAGCGUCAGCAGAAGUCGGGCCAGAAGGAGGAUUCGGCAGCACCAGCCGAUCAGCCCGCUGAGCCGGACGCAUUGCAUCGGAUGCAGGCAGCCUUUCGUAAAGCAGCGGAAGAGAAGCAUGGAGGCCAUGGUGACGGUGAAGCCGUACAGAAUGGUCCUUUUGACUGA